AUUCUUCUUUUUUUUUUCCCUCCAAUUAAAAAAAAAAAGCAAAACAAACUCAAAUGGGUCAGACCCUUUUAGAUGCUCUGAACGUUCAGGUCGUCGGUUCCGGUGAAAAAGUUUUGGUUUUAGCCCAUGGGUUCGGUACAGACCAAUCCGCUUGGAGUCGAAUUUUACCUUUUUUUCUCCGAGAUUACCGUGUUGUUCUGUAUGACCUUGUCUGUGCCGGCAGUGUAAAUCCUGAUUUCUUCGAUUUCCGACGUUAUACGACACUUGACCCAUAUGUUGAUGAUCUUCUACAUAUUCUCGAUUCUCUUGGUAUCGAUCGUUGUUCUUAUGUCGGACACUCUGUCUCCGCCAUGAUCGGAAUUCUCGCUUCGAUUCGCCGCCCUGAACUCUUUUCUAAACUCAUCCUCAUCGGAGCUUCUCCCAGAUUCUUGAAUGAUGAAGACUACCAUGGUGGAUUUGAACUUGGAGAAAUAGAGAAAGUAUUUUCAGCAAUGGAGGCAAAUUAUGAAGCAUGGGUCAAUGGUUUUGCCCCGUUAGCCGUCGGAGCCGACGUUCCGGCGGCUGUACGAGAAUUCAGUAGGACAUUGUUCAAUAUGAGACCGGACAUAACAUUGUUUGUGUCAAGGACAGUGUUUAAUAGUGACAUGAGGGGAGUUUUAGGUCUUGUGAAAGUACCAUGUCACAUUUUUCAGACAGCAAGGGACCACUCUGUACCUGCUUCAGUCGCCACGUAUUUAAAGAACAACCUUGGUGGGAGGAACACCGUGCAUUGGUUGAAUAUUGAAGGUCAUUUGCCACACCUUAGCGCCCCGAAUUUAUUGGCUCAAGAGCUAAGGAGAGCUCUUUCUCAUAGGUGAUCGAUCUUGUUGAAGCAGGUACAGAGUGGUUGAACUCAUAGAACUUAAAUCCUGAAUUU